GUCGCCUCCUCCCGCGUCGUGCGAUGGCUGCUUGGCGGAGGCUCCGCGGCUCCGGGUCGGGCUGAAGCAGGUGCGACAGGUGUGCUCCAACCCGUCAAGAUGCCCGAGCAAAGCAACGACUACCGGGUGGUGGUUUUUGGCGCUGGGGGUGUGGGGAAGAGCUCCUUGGUGCUGCGCUUCGUGAAGGGCACCUUCCGCGACACCUACAUCCCCACCAUCGAGGACACCUACCGGCAGGUCAUCAGCUGCGACAAGAGCGUCUGCACCCUGCAGAUCACCGACACGACCGGCAGCCACCAGUUCCCAGCCAUGCAGCGCCUGUCAAUCUCCAAGGGCCACGCCUUCAUCCUCGUCUUCUCCGUCACCAGCAAGCAGUCGCUGGAGGAGCUCAAGCCCAUCUACCAGCAGAUCGUCCAGAUCAAGGGCAGUGUGGAGAGCAUCCCCAUCAUGCUGGUGGGCAACAAGUGCGACGAGACCCAGCGGGAGGUGGAGACCGGGCAAGGGGAGGCCGUGGCCAAGGAGUGGAAGUGCUCCUUCAUGGAGACGUCGGCCAAGAUGAACUACAAUGUCAAGGAGCUCUUCCAGGAGCUGCUCAACCUGGAGAAGCGUCGCAACAUGAGCCUCAACAUCGACGGCAAGCGUUCCAACAAGCAGAAGCGGGCAGACAAAAUCAAGGGGAAGUGCAGCUUGAUGUGAGGCCGUGCGGCCCCUCACCACUCGCCCUCCUCGUGGUUGUCCUGUCCGCCACCCUUCCUCUCGCGCCUCCCUCGGCAUCUCGGCACUGAAGCGGCACUCGGGGCUUCGCGGCCUCUCCUCCAUUUCAGCUCGGCUCCUUCCACUCGGCAGGGGGGCUACUUCACAUCACAUCACGUGGGAACAGCCCUCCCGGACCCCCCCUCCAAGUGGAGGGGUGGCGAAAACUCCCCCAUGUCCCUUCCUGCUCUCACCCUCGAACUCUUCCAGCAGGACAGAAGAAACGGGGGCUCAGGGUCGCGCUCGGCAGUGACGCUUCCCUGGCCGGCCUGUGGACCUGAGGCACGCGCUCGGCGGGAGGACCCAGUGAAGGAUCCGACCGAGGAGAGAACUGGCUCUUCUCCAGCGCUGGCGCUCACGUGGGCGGCUCCCGUCUCCUCUGAAGCACCUGCUGCACACGGCACAACCAGAAGAGUGCACAGCUCCUCCGUCUCCACCUGGCUUGUCCCCGUCGCCCCUCCCGGGCCUGUCCUGGACUUGUUUGGAGAGGCAGCACGAAGCGGGGGCUGGCAUCACACCGGUGCCGGUGAGCGGAGCUUGCACCUUGCCACCCCGGCUUCGAGGGCCAGAGUCCCGGCGAAGGGGGCACCCACCCAGCCCGCAAAAACACGGUGAUGGCAGCAACACUGCCCUGGCCAGGACCACCCCCCUUGCGCCCACACAUGGGGCCGAGACAAGCCCCUUCGUUUGUCUGGCUGCUCGGGGGGGGGGGGGCACACCCCGGAAGGCUGCUGAGAGCAGGGACUGCCCUUGGGAAUGCCACAUUUCCCGGCCUGGGAAUGACUGGUCCUCCCUGCUGGCUGCCACACUGGGCAAAGAGCUUGGGAGACAAAGCCAUGCCCCAGCUGAAAGGGGGACUGGCCAGUGGCUGGGCUGCCAGGGCUGCUGGGAGGGAAGGGGUGGCCCCACUGCCAAGGGCCAACGGCAUGUCCUCACCCCCAUGAAGCAGGCAGGAGGGGAGAGGGAGCUGUUGCCUUCCACCCCGUCCCUGCCAACCUGGCUAGCUUUCCUUCCCUCUUGUCCUCAUCCUGCCCUUCUAAGUACUCUAGACUUCAAAUACUGCAACUCACUGCAAGAUCUCUCAUUGUAUUUAUUUUUCAUUUAAGGGUUCAUUUUUCAAAGUGGCAAAAGUCGAAAUGACGGAGCACACACCUAGCCAGUGGGGAGAAAAGGGGAAGGGGCCAGGAGGCAGGUGGGCAGGCCAUCUGGAAGCAGUGUCCCCGGGGACAUCACACCCUUUUCACUAGGGCAGAAGUGCUUGUGGGCCAGAGACUGGGAGCAUUUCCCCCAGGUAGCAGGUACUAAUCGCAGCUGUGGACGCAGAGGGAAUGGUUGAGGAGAGGGAGAGAAAGACAGGCACUGUGUGUGUGGGGGGGGGCUUUUUGGUUUCUUCACUCUUUCCCCAGCAUAGCUGACCAGAAAGAGUAAUGAGGACAAGGGGUUGCAAGAUUCCCCCCAUGACAGGGUGAGGAGUGGGGAAGGCCACCUCCUGCCAUUCACUACAAGUGGGUCCCAUGUGGCAGAGAUUACAGAAUCUUAGUUAACUCUCAUUAAAAAGACAGACAAACAGACAGACAGACAGACAGACAGACAGACAUGGUUCAAGUGGCUAGUCCUCGUGGUUACAAAGGCAGGUUUCAUGACAUACAAGCUGAGUUGCAAAAGGCUUUGGGAUAAGUUGUGUUGGGGAAGGCCUGUGUGCUGCUCAUUUGCCUCUGGACCAUGUUUUUCUUCCUUCCUAUGCUUUGCACCUUCCUUUCCUGGACCCAUCACAUGCUUAUUUUUCAUUUUACAUUUUUGGCCUAAACCAUUAUUGGGCACAGGUGAAGAGUGUCAUCAUGGGCAGCUUUUUGCAAAGGGUCAGUGGAAUUUGAAUUGCCAAGAGAACUUAAGCAGUGGGUUGCUUCUGAUGUUGCUUUUUAAUCCACCUGAUGUCCUCUUGCAGUGGGGGGCGAUGGGACACGUGUCAAGACAGUGGACGUUUGGAAUUCCAUUUUGGGCCAGGACUGGACAGCAGCAAGCCCUCCGGAGCGAGAGCUGAGCUGGGGCGGUACUUAGCCAGGCCAAAAGAGUGAGCCCACGGCCUCUCUUUGUUAGAGAAGGUUGCCAAAGAUGGAGCUGGUUUUUUUUUAAACAAAGCCACCUUGAGCUCGGUGCUGAUUGUGUGGAUUUUCCUCCUCCUCCUGGGCAUGGGAAAUGGGGCUGCUGCCUGCCUCAGCCCCCACACUCUCCUCACAGCAAACCGAAGUUAUCACUAGCUGACUUCCAGCUCCCAAUGGAGCAGCUGAAUUUAUGCACAAUCUGGGGACAAGAUGGGCAAAUCCACUCAGUGGGGCACCUGAAAGACACCCUGGAAGGGGGAAAUCCUUCCUGUGUUUUGGGGUGGGGUGCUUCCAGUUUCCACAGAGAGGAGGAUUUGAUGACUGGCACAUUUUCUGUGUCUGCUGACUCCCCCAGUGCCCAUUUCCAGGAGGAGUUUUGUCCGUACUCUUCACCUCUUCUUUGUUUCCUUUGGGAUUCAGGACCUCACUGGAGAGAUUGAUCGCUGGAAGCACAGAACGGGUGCUGAAAUAGCUUGGGAACUUUUAAUGGCCUUGUGCCUCGGGAUGGUGGAGACAGAGUGGGGCUCUCCGUCUCAAUGGGUUUGGAAGUUGCAUGCUCCUCAUAGCGCCCCCGCCCCGCCCCGCCCCGCCAUGUAGAUAGCAAGGCUGCUGCCCAGUAAAGAAAUUUUACACACACAUCUGGGAAUAAGCCCCGUUAAAUGUACUUGGACAAACUUCUGAGUAGACAUGGCUAGGAUUGCAUUUGUUAGUUGACUGACUGCAUACAUUUUUCUUAAUUUUCAAUCAACUCAAUAGUACUGAUGUCUACUUUCAACAACAUUUCCUGGGGCAGUUUUCAAAGUUAAAAUAAAAGCUUAUUAGCUUAUUUUAGCUUCAAAAGAUAAAAGGUUAUCAUGAAACCUCAAAGGAAGCUGCACAAAACAGCUUGUGAAGGCACAAGAUUCCCAUUGAUUUUUUCCGGUUCUUGCUCCUAGGUGUGAUCAAGCCUUCUCCGGUUUAUGGAAAGCUUGUGAAUGAGCUGCUGAGACCCCAAUUCAUUUACCAGUGGGGUUUGAUUGAUCAGUUGUUGGCUAGCUUGGAUUACCUGGGAGUAUGAAUAGAUAGAGGCCUUCCAAAACUGAAAGCAAAGGCUCUGUUCUAGGGCGACUGCAGGUGUCUUAGGAAAAACUCUAUUACGUUUUGGGGCAGGGCAGCUUGCCUCCCACAUGGGGCUGGAGAUGAAGAGGCAGUUUCCUGGAGGAGGUGGAAAAGGCAAGCCUUGCCUUGCCCCUUCUGUGCUGCAGCAUAAACCAGCAUGUACGAAAAGACAGCAAUUAGCACACAUUACGCCAGUAAUUUCAAAAGUGCCAAGAAGUCAGCUCAGUUCCACAGUUCAGUGUGAAUUUGGGCACAGUGUGUGCAUGGAGCUGACCACGGGUCACUCAAGUCACAAUACUUCUCAUGAGGAUCCUUCACACUAAUUUAGUCACUGUUGCUGCUUCUUCACUGACCACCUCUGUGACUCCUACUCACGCUUGAUGAGGACUAGCUUCUCUGUAGAUUUAUGUCAUCCCUUUCCUGCUGGGUUUUUUGCUGGAGAGACUCCAUCUGUCUGCAUGGGACAGGAGACUGCAAGAUCCAUUUUUCUGCUGUAGUUGGCCCCUGCUUUGUGAUCCAGGGACACCGGAAGGGUCUCUCCACAGGGCCCCUGCUCAGAUUUCCUGUCUUGAAUCAUAAAUGGUGCUUCUAAAACUCCAGAGGAAUGGAAGCUUUGCAUUGUAAAUACAGAACCUGUCGUGAAUAGAUUUCCUCUUGAUGCCAGCAUGACAAUAUUAGCUACUGUGCAUCACCGGCUUUUUAAGAAGAGAAAGAAAGAAAACAAACACAAACAAUAUGUAAUGAAGCUGAAACAAACACAUGGUACAGUG